GAUUGCUACAAACUAAUGAUUUUCUUCAAAUUCUCUUUUUCCCCUUACCAGCCAGGCCCACAACUCCUCUUUCUGUAGGCACCAUUGUCCCACCUCCAAGGCCUGCUUCCAGACCAAAGCUUACUUCAGGCAAACUCAGUGGGAUUAAUGAAAUACCCAGGCCAUUCAGCCCACCUGUAACUUCCAAUACUAGCCCACCUCCUGCAGCUCCUUUAGCCCGGGCAGAAAGUUCUUCCUCUAUCUCAUCUUCAGCUUCAUUAAGUGCUGCCAAUACUCCAACAGUAGGUGUGUCACGAGGUCCCAGCCCUGUCAGCCUUGGAAAUCAAGACACCUUACCUGUGGCAGUUGCCCUCACAGAAUCUGUUAAUGCCUAUUUUAAAGGAGCAGAUCCCACCAAGUGUAUUGUGAAGAUCACUGGUGACAUGACAAUAUCAUUCCCAAGUGGAAUUAUUAAGGUCUUCACUAGCAAUCCAUCUCCAGCUGUGCUAUGCUUCAGGGUGAAAAAUAUCAGCAGACUAGAGCAAAUUCUUCCAAAUGCACAACUUGUGUUCAGUGAUCCAUCGCAGUGUGAUUCUAACACAAAAGAUUUUUGGAUGAACAUGCAAGCUGUUACUAUCUACCUCAAGAAGCUAUCAGAGCAAAAUCCAGCUGCUUCUUACUAUAAUGUAGAUGUAUUAAAGUAUCAGGUGAGUGUCUUAUCCUUAUAAAAGUCCUAAGUUGAA